AUGGCCUCGAGACUGGUACCAUCUGCAUUCCGGAGUGCCCCACGGGCCUUGCGACAGCUUCAAAGGCCUCAAUGGCGGGCUUUCAGCGUCUCGCGACCUGCACGAAGCGACUCGCUCUUUGUGCACCGCGACACGCCUGAAAAUAACCCGUCAAUUCCCUUCAAAUUUACAUCGCAAAAUGAGCAGCUCAUCGAGGAGAUCCUCUCGCGAUACCCGUCACAAUACAAGAAGGCCGCCGUAAUGCCGCUCCUCGACCUCGGACAGCGCCAACACGGUUUUACCAGCAUCAGCGUCAUGAACGAGGUAGCUCGGCUAUUGGAGAUGCCACCAAUGCGAGUGUAUGAGGUUGCCACGUUCUACACCAUGUACAACCGGAAUCCCAUGGGCAAGUUCCAUGUUCAGAUCUGCACGACUACGCCUUGCAUGCUCCGCAAUAGUGAUGCUGUGAUGAAGGCCUGCGAGGACGAAUUGGGCAUCCACCACGGCCAGACUACCAAGGAUGGCAUCUUUACUAUGACCGAAGUCGAGUGCCUGGGCGCAUGCGCAAACGCACCCAUGGUCCAGAUCAACGACGAUUUCUACGAGGAUCUCACAUACGACUCAACUGUCUCACUGCUCAAGGCCCUGAGGCAUGCAGCACAGGCUACUGGCAGUCCUUCGGCAGCCAAGGGCGAGGCUGGUGUGAAGGUGCCUGCACCAGGCCCCUUAAGCGGGAGGAAGAGCUGUGAGCCGGCUGGUGGCUUGACUUGCUUGACAGGCGAGCCCUGGGGCAAUGAGACUCUAAGAAAGGAUGGCGCUCUAUGA